AUGACUACAACGAUCAAGAGCAGUUUUUUGAUUGAUGAUUUACUUUCUGCUUUCAAACGACCAACAACAACAUCAGCUGCAACUACGGCAGUACCUGUAUCAAUACCAUCAAAUCCUUUUCCUAUUCCACCAAAAGAAUCUAUUCCUGUAUUGCCUAAUGAUAUAACACCAAUAUCACUUAAUUUUUUUCAACCACCUAAUCAAUUUAAUCAAUAUGCCGCUAUUAAGCCUGAAUUACAUCCAUUCUUUUUUCAUGGUUUGAGUUUUCAUGCCUAUCUUAACAGUGAACAUUCGCUCAAGCAUUGUCGUCGUCGCAAAGCUCGAACAGUGUUCAGCGACCAUCAACUUAAUGGUCUUGAAAAACGAUUUGAUGGACAAAAAUAUUUAAGUACACCAGAGCGAGUUGAAUUGGCUAAUGCACUUAAUCUAUCGGAAGCACAGGUCAAAACAUGGUUUCAAAAUCGUCGUAUGAAACAUAAAAAACAAGUUCGUCGACAAUUACAGAAUACAUCGGGUAGUCCAUUAUCAGAAGGUGUCGAUGAAGAUGAGUGUUGUGAGGAGAAUGAUAUUGAUGUUGUCAGUGAUGAUGAAUGUUACAGCAAUAAUUCUUCUUCAAAAUAA